UCCAUCUUCUCUGUAACAAACUUGUACCAUACAGUUAUGGCGGAAGAGUAGAGAAAAACUGAAAUUCCAUUGUUGAAACGCCAUUAACACAACUCAUCGAAGCUUUUUUUUUCCUUCUUGUGAUUCAUACAUUUAGGUUUUCAAAAAUGGAAGAAGGAGCUGUUUCAGUUGUAGACAAGUUAAAAUCCUUUGCAAAAUCUACGCAGGAUUUGGCUUCCGUCGUAUUCCGCAACCGCGAAGUUUCCAAUCCGAUUGAGAUCUUGAAGAGAUUGCAGCGAGAAGCUUUUUCAGAUAUUAUGAAGCUAAGAGAUAGACAAGAGAAGUUGGAGCGAGAGCUUGCAUUCUUCAAAUCUUCUAAAGGAAGUCCAUUCCAAGAAACUAGCACUCACGUAAGAGGAGAAUUUGAUGCUGUGGGUGCACUGUUGAUGAUCGGUACCAUUGAUGAAUCCAAAUGCGAUGCAAUUGAAAAUGCAAUUAGGACUGGUAUUGAUUCUAGGCUGACUUUUGAAACAACUAUCCAUGAAAAGGAUACACUUGUAGCAGAGUUUGUUGGCAGCGAAAGAGGCCAAAAGAGUAUCCUGGGUAGUCCACUUUCCUUAGCAAAAGUUCUUUAUGCAGCACAUAUCAGUGAUUGGUGUACUGCAGUUGCCAUUCCAGUCGGUGGUCGAUGCAGAGAUGUUGCAGUACCUACAAGUUCACGUGAGGAAAGGGGGCUGACUGACUAUUCAUCUUUUGGGCCGCCCCUGUUGAAUCAGCUAAAUGGUAGUGGAAUCUCUGUGAUGGUUAAAAAAUCAAAUAUUGCUGCCUGCUUGGCUCAGUUUUUCUCUGCAUUGCCACCACAGCCUGGUAGUCAACUGUAUUGUUUUGGCACUUUUGGUCAAAUUGUUUGCCAACUUUCAAGCAAUUCAAAACUAUCAAUCUUGGGCAUACACAAAAUGGCCAAUCUAUCACGUCCACAGCCUGAACUCGCAGCUAUGUCGUUGCCUUUUAGUUUUUUACAACGGUCAGGGCAUCCUGAUGCGGCCUUGGUGGAAAACGGCCUCUUAGAUGGGUUACUUGCCAUGACCCUAGAGUCAGAAGUUUAUGAAAGUACAAAAAUUGGUGGCUGGGUACAGAUAAAAAGAUCAAAUCCCAAAUAUUUGCAGUGGGCAGUUACCAUGUCUGAUACCUCUGUGGAUGAUUUUGGAUGGGGAUUGAGCCUUGGUGGUUUGCAACAUGGUUCAGAAAAGUGGAACCAUUUUCAAGUUGAAAGCUUUCUCAAUUUCAAAGUAGGAAAGAAGUGCAAGUUGCAACCAGGUCUACUCUAUGUGAUGAAUGAAGGAACCACUCCUUUUCCUGCAUUGAUGUUCCGCACUAGUUGGUCCUUAUGAAGUGUGCAAGCUAGCUCAGACACCAUGGCUGGACAUAAGAAAAACACUCCCGUGAACAAUAUAUCUCACUCUCCCCUUAUAAUAGAGAUACCAUUUAGCAACUCCCACACAAAAUAGAAAAGAAGAGAAACAUUUUGUCUACUACAGUAUUCACUUUAGUAAUAAAUUUUAGUCCAAGCAGUCAAUAGGAUUAAGUUUUGUUCUCUCCAUAUAAACUGUUUGGCCAAGCUUUUAGAACAUUUUUUUGGUCAAAAUGAAGUUUCAGGAAAUUGUAUCCUUUGAACAUAGCACUUUAUCAUUGGUUAAAUGAUUUGAGAAACACUUUUAUUGACAAAGGUAAGGAUAAUGUUCGUUGACGUUAAA